GAGUCCUUCCUGAAAUCAAACUAAAUGGCCUGGAAUAAUCAGUCAGUCAUAACUGAAUUCAUACUACAAGGUCUUUCCAGUUCCUGGGAACUCCAGAUGGUCUAUUUCCUGUUCUUCUCUGUAGUCUAUGCAGCCACUGUGCUGGGGAACCUCCUCAUCGUGCUCACCAUUGUGUCAGAUCCACGCCUGCACUCCCCCAUGUACCUUCUGCUGGGCAACCUCUCCUUCAUUGACAUAUCUCUGGCCUCAUUUGCCACUCCCAAAAUGAUUGCAGAUUUCUUCAGGGAGCCCAAAGUCAUCUCUUUUGAAGGCUGCAUCACCCAGAUAUUCUUCCUGCAUCUCUUAGGGGGUGCUGAAAUUGUGCUGCUGAUAGCCAUGUCUUUUGAUAGAUAUGUGGCUAUCUGUAAGCCUUUACGCUAUUUAACCAUCAUGAACCGGAGAAUGUGCCUUGGGCUUGUGACACUCUCCUGGGUUGUCGGCAUCUUCCAUACUAUGAGUCAGCUAGCAUUUACUGUGAAUCUGCCCUUUUGUGGGCCCAAUGAAGUGGACAGUUUCUUUUGUGAUCUUCCCUUAGUGAUUAAACUUGCCUGCGUGGACACAUACAUCCUCGGAGUGUUCAUGAUCUCAACCAGCGGCAUGAUUGCCCUAGUGUGCUUCAUUCUCUUGGUGAUUUCCUACUCUGUCAUCCUGAUCACUGUUAGGCAACGUUCUUCUGGUGGGUCCUCCAAAGCUCUCUCCACCUGCAGUGCCCACUUCACUGUUGUGACCCUUUUCUUUGGCCCAUGCAUUUUCAUUUACGUGUGGCCUUUCACAAAUUUCCCAAUAGACAAAGUUCUCUCAGUAUUUUAUACCAUUUUCACUCCCCUCUUAAAUCCAGUCAUCUAUACCCUUAGAAAUAAGGAUGUCAAGAAUUCCAUGAGAAAACUUAGCAGCCGUGUCUUUAAGUCUAGCCAGACUGAUCAUACCCCUUGA